AUGCCGACACCAGAAGACGCUAGUGCUCAAUCUGGCCAACGAUUCUUAAAGCAGAUGGUGCCUUACGACCCUAACCAGAACGAUGAGAGGGGUGGAUUUCUACCUGAAUGGUUUGUGGAAUCUGCGACGAAUGCCUUAGUCGAUCUCCAAAAUAAGUUCGCUUUAAACAAGUACAAACUUGCAACUCGCUUGAUUGCCGAGAGCAAGAUCAAUCCUCUUGAAAUCAAUUUUUUUACGAGUGAUAAACUCCUUGAAGUUGUAGACAAGAUCACAAAGGCGUUCAUAAUCAAAUCCAGAUCACCCGAGGCAAUUUUUUACGGACUCAGCCAUGUGGCUGGCGAUAAAGAGUAUGGAAUGCUCGCAUCUCUAGCUCGAGGCCUCGGAGUAUUCAAGGCAAGAGGUAAAUACGAGAUUCAUGACGAGACCUACAUAAACUCGGACAUACAAAAAGGACUCGAUUCAGAAGACGUGAAGGGUAUGAAUUAUAAUCGUCUGAGAGAAAUCGUACUCAAGUUUGAGCCGUUUCUUCUCAGUUCGUGGAAACGAUUGGGUGUAAGCGCAGAGCAAGCAGAAGAGAUUUUAGAGGUGGACUUCAGCCGUCUUUAUUUCUUGGAAAACCCGAACUUACCGUUGUACAUCAAGUACCUUACCAUGACACCCCGCUAUGAACAUCUUGGUCCAUACGAAACUUUGCUUUUAGACAUGAAGAAAAAGGGCCUGCGUGAAGAUUGUUUUGGCGUUGCUGGAUGGUGGUGCAAUGACCGAACCCAAUUCUAUCCCACGAAAGUUAUUGGAUACCUUGUUUUUGGAAUGGGAUAA